CUUGCAUCCGGAAAGAGCAGAUGUCUCGAACAUAAAAGUGGCCGCUCUUGUAUCUCAUCUCCUCUUGUUGGCGCCAUCCCCUCUCUUUCUCAGAACACCCCCCCCCCUCUUUCUCGUCAUGCUACCUUCGCUCCUCACGCUCGUUGCUCUGCUCUCGACUGCCGUGGUCGGCGUGCCUCUUGAGCCGCGACAGACCGCGGCAGCCUUUCCGGACCCUACCGUCGAUCCUUUCUACAAGGCGCCAGCGAACCUCUCGUCCUACAAGCCUGGUGACGUGAUCCGCAGCCGAAGCGUGCAAACUGUGGUCAAUGGGCCAGACGUUGGUGCGAGCUACCAGCUCUACUACCGAUCCAAGACGACCAAGCAGAAGCCGGAUGGGACAGUCGCAACCGUCUUUGUCCCCAAGAAGCCUGCUUCGCCCACGCGCAUCUUCUCGUACCAGAGCUAUCAGGACAGUACGACACUGGAUUGCAACCCCAGCUGGGCCUUUGUCGAUGGUUCCGCCUCGCAGAACAAGGCAAUCGUCACGCUCGACACACCAAUCUACAUCAACUGGGCUCUCUCGCAGGGCUACUACGUUGUUGCGUCCGAUGAUUACGGCUCCCAAUCUGCGUUCAUCGCAGGACGUCAAGAAGGUAUGGCGGUUCUGGAUGGGAUCAAGGCGAUCCGUGCCUAUUCGAAGCUACCCAAGGACUCGCAGGUGGCCCUCUUCGGCUACAGUGGCGGCGCAAGCUCUACCGUCUGGGCUACGACGCUGGCAGGAUCCUACGCGCCCGACCUCAACAUCGUGGGUGCUGUCCACGGUGGAACACCCAUCUCGACUCGAGACACUUUCACAUUCCUCAACGGCGGCGCCUUCUCCGGCUUCGCAGGUGCAGGCCUUGUGGGCAUUUUGAACGCCUAUCCGGAGAUGAACGACUACAUUCUCCAACACGUCAAUGAUGAUGGAAAGAAGCAAAUUGCAGCUUAUCGCUCCAACAACUUCUGCCUCCCUCAGGUAGUAUCAACGUACCCUUUCCUCAACUUCUACCCAGAGAUCGACGUCGAUGACCCGCUCGACCAGCCCAUCCCAAAGGCUGUAUUGAGCCAAGAAACGCUGCUCCAAUCCCAGGCCGAUUUCAAGGUGGCCGUGCCGAAGUUCCCUCUGCUGCAAUUCCACGCGCUCUUGGACGAAAUCGUGCCGUACCAAGAUCACGCCGACUACGUCAAGGAGCAGUGCGCAGGUGGUGCCAAUAUCCAAUUCCAGACACUCCCCAUCGCAGAGCACAUCACAGGCGAGCUCCUGGGCAUUCCGGGUAGCAUCAUCUUCCUCAAGCAGGCCUUCGAGGGCCAAACGCCCAAGGUCAUCUGUGGCACAGGUUUGCCUGACUUCUCGGGAUUGCUGUUCACGAGCCAGGCGGACGACGUGAUGGGCAAGCAAGCCGCCGACAGCAUUCGCGCGCUCAAUGGAACGAAGUCCGUCUUUGGGGAAGUGAUCAAGUUUUAGAUUGAUUCGAUCGUCCCAGCUCCUUGCAGGUCCAGCUUUCUGUUUGCUUCUCUAAUAAGGUCUGCUGAAAAUGCCAUAGCUCGUAUCAGCCUG